UUAUCUCUGGAGUGUAUGUUCAGCUGGCGCCCGAAAAACAACAGAUCGCCGAACCUCUGGGAAUACGCUUUUCGUGAGCUGAAACUGCAUCCUGCCACUUAUUGUCCGAAGAUACCCAGUGGCAGGUCGUGGCCACGUCUCAAAGCCAUUCUUUGAACAGACUCUCCUGGAUUUGGGUGCUUUUGCAAACCUGGAGUUAACCAGGUGCAUCGCAAGAGUGUCUCUCUGAAAUUCGGAAACAUUAAUCUCGGUUUCUUUCCUUUAUCCGAAGCCACAGUCCAUUUCCAAGACACGUGGAGAGUUUCCCAGCAUGCCGCGCUGCAAGGUGCUGGUCCCGGCGGUGCUGACGGUGCUGCUGCUGCAGGGCGUGACCGUGCUGCUGCUGUUCGGCUGGUACGGCAACAACCUCGCCCCCGGGAAGUUCGCCCAGGGCAAGGUGCACGUCCUGCUGCUGUCCUCCUGGCGCUCUGGCUCCUCCUUCCUGGGCCAGACCUUCAGCCAGCACCCCGACGUCUUCUACCUGAUGGAGCCGGCCUGGCACGUGUGGACCACGCUGCGGCAGCCCGGCGCCUGGGCCCUCCGCAUGGCCGUCCGCGACCUGAUGCGCAGCGUCUUCCUGUGCGACAUGUCGGUGCUGGAGUCGUACACGCCGGCCAACCGCAACGUCUCGCAAAUCUUCAUGUGGAGCCACAGCCGCGCCCUGUGCUCCCCGCCCGCCUGCCCCCUGACCCCCCGGGACGCCUUCAGCAACGAGACGGCCUGCAAGCUCCGCUGCGACGCCCGGGGCCUGCAGGGGGCGCAGGCGGCCUGCCGGUCCUACUCGCACGUGGUGCUGAAGGAGGUGCGCUUCUUCGACCUGGAGCCCCUCUACCCGCUUCUCCGUGACCCCACCCUGGACCUGCGCAUCAUACACCUGGUGCGCGACCCCCGGGCGGUGGCCCGCUCCCGCGACAAGUCGGCCAAAGCGCUGACGCGCGACAACGCCCUGGUGCUGGAGAAGGGGGACACGCUGGUGACGGACACCCGCUACGACGUGCUGGAGGCGGUCUGCCGGAGCCACGUCCGGAUAUACGAGACGGCCGUGCUGAACCCGCCCGAGUUCCUGCGCGGGCGCUACAAGCUGGUGCGCUACGAGGACCUGGUGCGCGACACGUCGGCCGAGGUGGAGGACAUGUACGACUUCGCCGGGCUGGAGAUGAGCGAGAGGCUGCAGGAGUGGAUCUACCGGGUGACGCACGGGAAGGGCAGCGGGACCCGCAAGGAGGCCUUCCAGAUAACGUCCAGGAACGCGGCCGACGUGUCGCAGGCCUGGCGCACCACCUUGCCCUUCGACAAGGUGCGGCGCAUCCAGCAGCUGUGCAAGGGCGCCAUGGAGCUGAUGGGGUACCGGCCCGUGCACAGCAUCAAGGAGCAGAGGCAGGAGGACCUGGACCUCCUGCUGCCCCGGAAAAGCCGCGAGUUCAGCUGGCUCCCGCCCGACCGCUCCACCCCAGCGCUGCCCAACCUGUGA